CAUCAAGAAGAUAUCACUCAUCUGCUCGUCAAACAAAAAAAUGUCAGAAAAAUGCUCAGAAAUACAUGAACAUCAGUGAUUCAAGGUUUACCAACAUCUGUUGCUCGCCUCAGGAGUUACAAAUGGGACUGAAGGAAAGCAAAACCAAACCAAAUGCAGGAUCUAAGUGUUCUGAUCAUAGCGUUGCUUUUCUCCUGAUUUACAUGAUCUGUUUAGUUCCUCUGGCCACCGGAUUUUUCCUGAAGAGUUGCAGGGUCAGCCGGAAUGCAGCCAUAUGUACGGCCAGCCAACUCGAAUUUAUUCCUCAAGACAUUCCACCAACUGUGACAGGUUUUAAUUUAUCUAAAAACCAAAUCUCAAGAAUACAACGUUCAAAUUUCACAAAUCUAAAAGUUCUAGAAGAUUUAAACCUUCAUGAAAACCACAUUUCAAAGAUAGACAGCAGUGCUUUUGCCAACUUGAUCUCCCUUCGGAAGUUGACACUGAACAACAACAGGCUCGUUAAGCUAGGAGAGUUAGCUUUUGAUGGGUUGGGCAACCUCACUGAGUUAAGACUUAACACUAACAAGAUCACAGCAUUGUCACCCACCGCUUUUCAGUGCUUGACCAGGUUAAAACUUUUGGAUAUUUCUCAUAACAAACUGGAAACGAUGUCAAACCUUCAUCUGAUUUUGCAGCACAUGCCACAGCUGCAGGAGUUAGUGAUAAGAACAAAUGUUUUAAGAACCUUUCAGUCAUGGAAACUUACCAAUCGCUCCCUGGAUCUUCAGGUUUUGGAUUUGUCCGAUAAUCCCAUAAGAGAUUUCGAAAUCACUGCCAACAUCUUCCCAAAUCUGACUCGCCUCAUCAUCGGUGACAAGUUCAGCACCAUACCAAUGAAAUGGGAUGUGAAAAACAAAACUUUCCUCAGACAGCUAUCCAGUCUUGAUGUCAGUGGGCUUCAUACAACUCCUGAAAACAUAGAAGCAUUACUCAAAACGGUGAACUCCUCACUAACAUCUCUAUUCCUGAACAAUAUAAAACACAAUCAGACGCAACUGAUCAACCUCUCUUGCUCCAUCCCAACCGUGUCUAAAUUGCAGUUUCGAAGCAACAAUCUGAGAACAGUCUCUUCAUAUUACUUUAAGCCGUGUGUCAAUGUAGUAGAAUUAGAUUUAUCAGAGAAUCACAUUCAAAGUAUCGAUAAGAAUGCCUUCACAUCUAUAAGAAAUUUAACGAUUUUGAGGAUGAGUAGGAACAAACUUCGAUCGGUUCCUACCGCAAUACAAACUCUGCAAAAUCUCUCCAAACUUGAUCUCAGCAGCAACAUGAUCAGCACUCUCACCUGUCAAGAUUUCUCCAAUCAGACGAGACUGAAGGAACUAAGUCUGCAGAACAACUCCAUCCAUAAAUUGACUGAAUGUGCUUUCAAGGGUUUGGUACAACUCCAAGUUCUCAAAUUGCAAUCCAAUCAGAUUACUGAUUUAAAAGGGGCUUUUAAAGCCUCUUUGCCAAACCUAAAACAACUGCAUUUGAAUGGAAAUAAACUCACUGCUAUUAGAAAGGGGGAACUUGAAGGAUUGAAGUCGGUUUGGAAUUUGUCUCUACAUCAAAAUCAAAUAAAGAUCCUUGAUGAAGGUUGCUUUGUUGGACUGUUGAACCUCACUGACAUUCAGCUCCAGUUAAAUGAUAUUACAACUAAUACCUUAAAAACAAGUCCCUUCAAGGGUCUCUCUAACCUAAAAAGAUUGUAUUUAAACGAUAAUCGCAUAAAAGAUUUUACCAUUACACCGUUUUCUGAUCUUCACCAGUUGGAAGAGUUGUCUCUUCAUGGCCAGCACUACAGGGGAAAGACUAGCCUAUCUUCGAACUUCCUCCAAGGGCUAAAAAGUCUUUUAAAUUUCAAUGCUAGGAACUGCCAGCUAAUCAAACUUGACCAAGACAUAUUUGUGAACACACCUAAUCUGGAAAGACUUGAUUUGAGCUCAAAUGAUAUAGAGAUUCUGACGCCAGAGCUGUUUGCCCCAAUUAAAAACCUUAAAACCCUCUACAUAUCCAGGAUUGCUGUUUACUCACUAGAUUUCCUUGCAGACGCCAACCUGACCAAGCUGGAGUUCCUGCAGGGAAGACACAACCAAUAUUCAGUCAUUUCUAAAGAGGUUAUCAAGUCGCUUCCAUCUCUUCAGUAUUUGGAUUUUAAUUAUAAUAGUUUCUACUGUGACUGCAUUAAUGCCUGGUUCGUCAACUGGACAAUUUUCAGCAAACAGACGCAGGUUAACAACGCUUAUAACUAUUCUUGCAACUAUCCAAAAGACUUCAAAUCCAAAAGACUUUUGGAUUUUAAAAAAUACUUGAAACUUUGCUCACAGGAUAUCAACUUUAUCUACUUUGUUUCAACCACAUCUACGAUCCUCUUCAUCAUGGCUGGAGCCUUCAUUUACCGCUUCAUGAGGUGGCAGCUGUACUAUGCCUAUUACCUCUUCUUGGAUUGGCUUUUUGACUCAAAGUAUAAAAAUAAGCAAGUUUCUUAUCAGUACGAUGCUUUUAUCUCCUAUAACCACCAUGAUGAGCCUUGGGUGAUUGGUGAACUGUUACCCAAACUGGAAGGAGAGCAGGGCUGGAAAUUGUGUCUGCACCAUCGAGACUUUGAACCAGGAAGGCCGAUCACCGAAAACAUCAUCGACGCCAUUUACGGAAGUAGGAAGACCAUCUGCGUCAUCAGCAGAAAAUACCUGGAGAGCGAGUGGUGCUCCAGAGAGGUCCAGACAGCCAGUUUCCGUCUCUUUGACGAGAAGAAGGAUGUGAUGAUCCUGGUAUUUUUGGAGGACAUUCCCACCUACCUGCUGUCUCCUUUCCACCGAAUGAGGAAGCUGCUGAAGAAGCAGACUUACCUGAGCUGGCCGCGUGCCGCAGACCACCCAGAGAUAUUCUGGGAAAACCUGAGGAAAGCUCUGCAGACCGGAAACGAUCCAGAUGAGGAAAACGUCCUCAGUUUGAUACAGGAAUGAGAAGGAAAUAUCUUUACGACUGGAGAACAAAUAUGUAAUUUAGCUGAGAAAUAUCUAAUCAUAUUGCUAUCAAUUAUGUGUUAUCAUUAUACUUUUAAUCUGUGUGUAUUUAUUAGUUGUAUUAUGUUAUGCUAUGUAACGCUCUAAUUUUAUUUUUCCCAUUUAAUUCAUUACUGGGUUUAUACUUUUUGAUAGUGUUUCUCUAUAAAUACAUUUUUUAUUUGUUUUCACUUUUAUUGAAAUAUAUUUAUUGUUUCAAAUUAGUUCCAGAAAAGUUUGUUCUGUAAAAACAAAGCAAUGUCUCAUUAAUAGUUAUUCACCCAGUGGGGAAAUUCAUGUGUUACACCAGCAAAGUGGCAGCCAGUCGAGACAAAAAGACAAAAAUAAUAUAAAAUAUGUAGAAAAACAGAAAUAAUGAUAUACUGUACAGUAGAAUAAAUUAAUUCAACAAAAUGUAUAAAAUGUGCAUUGGUAUUUGUGCAUUAAAAUCAGACUAUUUGUGGUAAGUAAAAAUAAAACUGUAAUUGCAGGUGUAUGUUAAAAAUUUAAUUGAAAAUAUAAAAAUAAAACAUUUACGAGAAA